GCCUCAAAAACGAGCUGCGCGGGCUCCUGGGCGGCUGUCCGCUCUUCCGGCCCAGGUAUGAUUUGAAUCUGGAUGAAAUGAGAACUUUGACAUUUCAGAGAGUGACUUUUACCAUGGGCCUCCCUCUGUUAAAACGUGCAAUUCAGGAUCAGGUGGAGAAAACAAGGAAUUUUGUCAGUCGGAGCCUGGUCAUAGGAGAAGUCCUCUCCACAGCGGACAUGGCCACAGGAGUAAAGUGUGGAAUAAUUUACUGGCUGUUCGGUGGGGCCGUCAGAAAUCUUGGAGGCCCGGCACACGUAACUCAGUGGCUUCAGCCGCUCCAGGAGCAGAAACACACGGGGAUGUUUGCAAUGACCGAGAGGGGACAUGGAAGCAACGUCAGAGGGAUCCAGACCGAAGCCACCUUUGACUUCUCUGCCCAGGAAUUUGUCAUUAACACACCGUGUAAAGAUGCUGAGAAGAUGUACAUUGGAAAUGCGAUGUACGGGAAUUAUGCAGCAGUCUUUGCCCAGCUCAUCAUACACGGAAGAUCUCAAGGGCCCCACUGCUUCAUCGUUCCUGUCCGAGAUGAACACGGACGCUUGCACCCAGGAGUGACGGUUGUUGAUAUGAUGCAUAAGGAAGGUCUGCAUGGUGUGGAUAAUGGGAUUCUGAGAUUUGACAGUGUUCGGAUACCGAGGGAGAACCUGCUGGAUAAGUUUGGUUCCGUGGCUCCGGAUGGGCAGUACCACUCCCCCAUUAAGGACAAGAGUGCACGAUUCAAUGCGAUGCUGGCGGCGCUGACCCCUUCCAGACUGGCUGUGACUUUCCAAGCUAUGGGCUCCAUGAAGCUUGGGCUGACGAUAGCCAUUCGCUAUAGCCACAG